GAAUACAGGGUGUAAAAAUUGAUCCGUGCCGAAAGGUGAAAAGGAGAAAGGUUGUGUUGUUUUUAACUAACUAAAUUCGUUCCAAUACUUCUAUAAUAAAUCCUGCUCAAUCAGGAAUACAAAUCCGGUCUAGUACCAACAGUACCACCUAGUCAAUUCAAUCUAUUUUUAUAAUAAUUGGCAACUCUGAUAGCAAUUUAUCUUCCGUACCUUUACCUUAUCAGCUUAUCACCUGACAAAACAAUUGAAAAAAAUUAACCUAACAUCACCUGGAACCCACUAUUUGGUUACGUCAUAACAGUUUGCUGGAAACGGUACCAUUUUCCUACAUUCCACUAGAAUACCAGGAAAAAAAUGCUAAGAGGUUCGGUAGUUCGUGUGCAUACAUUGCUUAAAAGUGCAACAGGCUUGCAAAAUGGUUUACAGCCCCUGGCAGCUGGUAGUACCAGAUUUAUGUCCAAAGAAAACACUGAAACUGACGCCCAGUUCGAUCAACGGUAUGAAAACUUUUUCAACAACCCUCAAAUUGAUGGAUGGGACGUACGACGUGGAGUAACAGAUUUAUUGGGUCACGAUUUGGUGCCGGAACCAAAAAUAUUAAUUGCCGCAUUGAACGCCUGCCGUAGAAAUAAUGAUUUGGCUUUAGCCGUCAGGAUUUUGGAGGCUCUCAAGAACAAAUGUGGCAGCAAAGUAAAUGAAAUUUACCCCUGGUACAUUCAAGAAAUGAGACCAACUUUAACUGAGCUUGGUAUUCCGACCCCUGAGGAGCUGGGCUACGACAAACCGGAGUUGGCACUUGAAAAUGUAGAUGACAUGUAACAUGUUGAAAUCAACUGAAUUUAGUGAGCAUUUAUGUACUUCAAAGUCUAAAGAUUGAGACCAAUUAAUGUUAAAGUGAAAUGGUUGUUUAAUAAAUCAUUCUUAGCGCUAUA